UAAGACACAAUCAUUAAAUACAUCACAUAACUUACACAUUAACACACCCUCAACACACAACACAAACACACACUCAACUCAUAACACACAAACUCCAUCUUUUAACACACAAACAAUCACACAAUCGUCAAAUGCCACUCAAACAGCUCUGUCCUCAUCUACACCGACUUCCCCAAACACAUCUUCAUCUCAGAGCAUCUCGACACUUAACACACCAACACCAAAUAACACACACCAAACCUCUGCUAACAACACACACACCGUCCCAAAUCCACUGUUACAGACUCAUGCUUCACUUCAGAUGACAACGCAACACACACACACCUACACACCUCCAUCACACACUCAUAGCACACAGUUCUUCACUGCAUCCCUCCAUCCCAAACCCUCACCGGCUCUACGACAAGCCGACUUCUUCUCAUCCCGGGAGCCCACAGAGCGUGCCAUCUCCCUGACCCAGCACAAAAAACACUCAUUUGAUCUGUUUGGAGAUGUUCUCAGUCGCCCGAAACAGGCCAAAGCCCCGUCUGGAGUCCCGGAGAGAGGCAUGGAGAGGCCGGAGCACGUGCCCAGGCAGAGUGCACCUGAGCUGGGUCUGCUGCUGGGUCUCUCGGCUGCGCUCGGCAUGGCCAUCGCUGUGGGGCUCCGGUACCUGCAGAGGAAACACUGUCGCAAACGUACAGCCGUGUCGCUGAACGCCCGUAGCCAUGACGACAGAGGCGUCAUGCACGUGCAGGAGUGCGGAGAUCUGGUGCAGGUGCGGAAAAUACGGCAGAACAGCGUCCUGGUGCUGCAGGCCGAGUACAACCUCAUCACACCGAGCGGGAACUGAACACGUCCACGGAUACGGUUAAUGAAAGAAAUCACAAAUUAAAAAGUUUGGGCUUGAUCAGAUUUCUGCAUGUUUUUGAAUAGAGUUUCUUCUGCUCAUUAUGGCUGCAUGUAUUUGAUCAAGAAUACAGUUAAAUCAGUUAUAUAGUGGAAUAUCAUUAACUAUAUUGAAUUACCAUAGCAACCACAUCGAACACCCUAGUAGUAAUUGUGUUGCAUUACCUUAGCAACCAGCAGAAACCCUGGCAACUGUGUAUUAUUACCAUAGCAACCACCCAGAACACCCUUGCAGCUGUGUAGCAUUACCUUAGUAACCACCCAGAACUUUACAUUAGCAACCACCCAGAACACCCUGGCAACUAUUUAGCAUUACCUUAAUAACCACCCAGAACACCCUGGCAACUAUUUAGCAUUACCUUAGUAACCACCCAGAAUUUUACCUUAGUAACCACCCAGAACAUCCUGGCAACUAUUUAGCAUUACCUUAGUAACCACCCAGAAUUUUACCUUAGUAACCACCCAGAACACCCUGGCAACUAUUUAGCAUUACCUUAAUAACCACCCAGAACACCCUGGCAACUAUUUAGCAUUACCUUAAUAACCACCCAGAAUUUUACCUUAGCAACCACCCAGAACACCCUGGCAACUGUGAAGCAUUACCAUAGUAACCAUCAGAACACCCUGGCAACUGUUUAGCAUUACCCUAGUAACCACCCAGAACACCCUGGCAACUUUGAAGCAUCACCUUAGCAACCAACCCAUAACUUUACCUUAGCAACCACCCAGAACACCCUGGCAACUGUGAAGCAUCACCUUAGUAACCACUCAGAACUUUACCUUAGCAACCACCCAGAACACCCUGGCAACUGUGAAGCAUCACCUUAGCAACCCACCCAUGACUUCACCUUAGCAACCACCCAGAACACCCUGGCAACUUUGAAGCAUCACCUUAGCAACCAACCCAUAACUUUACCUUAGCAACCACCCAGAACACCCUGGCAACUGUGAAGAAUCACCUUAGCAACCAACCCAUAACUUUACCUUAGAAACCACCCAGAACACCCUGGCAACUGUGAAGCGUAACCUUAGCAACCCACCCAUGACUUUACCUUAGCAACCACCCAGAACACCCUGGCAACUGUGAAGCGUAACCUUAGCAACCCACCCAUAACUUUACCUUAGAUACCAGCCAGAACAGCUGAACAGAGUUAAGACAGAGAAGCAGAAAGUGCUUUUGCCUUGUUGAAGAACUACGAGAGCUGUACUUCAGUCUGAAUCCUAGUAUAAACGCUGUGUUUAAACCACUAAUGAGAUAGAAUAGAUACAAUCAAUAACAUCCACUGAAGGUAAAUCACGGUUUAACUAAAUACCCAA